AAAAAAAAUAUCUGGGUCAGGGAUGACUGAUCAUGAGCUCUCUAUUACCAAAAACAGGAAGUCGUGCCAGGGUAAACAAGGGGAAGGUCAUUAGAGCUUGUCGUGUUGAGAAGUACAAAUAAAAUUUAUCAGGGUAUCAGAUUAAGUGUAAGUAAUGAAGAAUUCUUCGAUGAAAAUUUACCAUCAUGGCAACAAUUGUACAUUUGACAUACAAUUGUUUACAACUACUCAAUCAGUAUCUAGGAACAGUUUGGCCCAUUAAAGUAAUCAUAGGAAAACAAACCCUGCAACCAAUAUCCACAGAAACAGAACUGAAAGUACUGAGAAUAUUUUAUCUUCUGAAGCGUAAAAAUGAUGUUCGUCAGUCUGAGUUUGACAUUAAGGAACUUGUAUCUUCAUUUCCGCUGAAUGAAGAUGUGCUCAGUGUUAAUGACCAGGCAACUGGGUGCAAUCUUCUACAGUUUGCAAUUAUAAAUGGAAAUAAAGAUUUGGCUUUAAGUUUGUUGAGAUGGCACGGUCAUCAUGAUUACAAAUGUUGCAGUCAUCCUGUUCAUCUGGCAGCAUUUCAAGGAGAAUUGACAAUUCUACAACACCUUCUAAAUAAUGGUAUGGACAGUAAUUUUUCAGCAGGGAUCUGUUAUCCUAAUCCUCAUCAACCAGUUGCUCAUAAAAAGUGGCUUUGGCUACUCGAUCAACCAGUCUACAAGUGCAAUAUGAAUCAGUUAUUACCGAUUAAUUGGGCAAUAGCAAGCGACAGGGUAUCAUGCUUCACAUUACUUCUAAAUCACAUGAUCACUAAAGGGGAGAUAACUCCUGAAAUGGUUGAUCUUCUUCAUUUUGCAUGUCGUAAAGGAGCAAGCAAAUGUAUAGGGAAAAUUCUUUGUAAAAAUCCAUCAAUUGUCAAUUCAAUGGAUGUAAACAAAGACACACCCCUUUUACUUGCAGUAGUUUGGGGAAGAGUGUGCUCAAAGACUUUGAUUGAAUUUGGCGCUGAUGUAAAAAUUGUAUCCAGUAUUGGAGAGACGGCUCUUCAUAGACUAUAUCGCAAUGAUGUUGAUGGAUUAUUCACAAUUUUUGACACUACAAAAUAUUUAUUGACAACUGGCCUUGAACAAUUGAUAAACUGCAAGAACAAUAAUGGAGAAACUCCUCUUCAUGUGUUAGUAUCACAUGUAUCUUACAUAGGAGGGAGCCUAACACACCCAGACGAGGUCUUACUGAAAUGUUCACGGCCUCAGUUACAACCAGAUUACCAAAACCAAGUUGUCAAUACCCUUGAUUUAUUGCUGAAAUUUAAUGCAGAUCCUGGGAGUCAGAAUAAUCAUGGACUUCACCCCUUGGGAAAAUUAAUGCAUAUAGCUCUAAAGUCUUGCAUACCGGAGUAUGAGCAAUGCCAAUGUAUUAGAUUGUCUAUUAGUUCAACAUACAGUUAUAAGAAUGAUUAUGGCCAUUUAUGUAGUGCCUUGAAAGUUUUGCUUCACCGAGGGUCAGACUUGAAUAAAUCAUGUCUUGAAGGUCAUACACCUUUAUUUCUCAUGAUGCAAUGUUUAUUGAAAGACAACAUUGAAAAUUUGUGUGUACAAAGUAUGGAAAUAAUAAACAUUGUACACUUGUUACUGGAAAAUGGAGCUAAAACGCAGAAAUUUUGUCAUGGUGGAUCUACCAUGUUAGCAAAAAUUGCAGCUCGUUUCUUUACCAUUUCUGAAAACAAUUCAUCCAUUUUUGGUGAUACAAGGCGUAAAUUUUCAUCACUUGUAAACUGUUUACUAGAGACGUUUCUGAAGAAUGGUCUAAACCCAAAUUUUGUAACAGAUAGAAAAAGUCAGCAUUUGCAAGGAGGCAGUGGAAAUUCAUUAAUUGAAUUUGUCCGUUUAACUGAAAUGGCUGCAAUACCAGAAGACUUCAUUGAAAUCCACACAUGGCUGAAAACAUUGUUUGCAUGGGGUGCUGACCCGGAUCUUGAACCUUAUCCAUCAGAACCUAUCAUUUGUCAUUCACAAAGUUCAAUAUUUCUGAAAAAGCAAGACACACAAGCUGUGAGUCAUUAUAUCCAUGAAGUUAAAGACAUGGAUAAUAUAUUCCAGAAUGGAAAUGCUCAGGAACUUCUGUUGUUAUUCUACAACACUAUGUCACAUGAUAUUCUGUAUAACUGUCUAAAUACUGCCAGAGUUAUGUCCCAUUUUCAUCCACUUGGUGCAACAGGAAAAUCUUUCCUACAAAUUCUAAACAGUCUGGCAGAAAAUCCAAGAAGUUUAAAGCAAAAUGCUAGAGUUGCUAUUUACAAAUCUAUUGACAGAAAUCUAGUGGAAAAAGUCCCUCAACUGCCUUUGCCUACAUUGCUCAAAAAUUAUUUAAUAGAAAUAUAUUAAAUAUUCUGUUCCUGACUGAA